AUGACAUCCUCAGAGUUGUCAAACACGAAAUCCAACAUCUCAGACAAGCAACUCUCGCCUGUUAACAUGCAGCAGAUCGCAGAAAUGCUCAAGAGCGAGAUCCUCAAGGUCAUGCACAAAGGAAUCCUCCCUGCGAUCAGACACGAAGUCGAAGGCAUCAUUGAAGGGACAAUAAGUCAUUACGAUAGCCCAAACAGGAGAGAGGUGCAGUCCAAGAAGGUUUCGGAAAUGGUACGGCAGGGUGUGGAAAUCAAGGAGGAAGGGAGGAUAGGGACUUUACAAAUUGGCAUCCUAUUUGGAAAUCAGCAAAAACGGACUGAGAUUACUUACAGAGGUAGUAUGGUUAGAGAAGACAAGCAUGGCAGUGGUAUACCGGAGCAGAGGAGCGAGACGGGAGAGUAG